CUUUGUCGGGGCUUUCCUCCACUGACUCCACACUCUCUUUUUCGCUGCUACUCUGCUGACGGGUCAAGGAAGAAGAGAUACUGGGAAGGGAGCUCGGGAAGAAGAAUGGCGCGGUGAGGAAUCACGACGGAGACGUCGAGCAAAGCAGGAAGUAGACUGCGGUGUGUCAGCCAGUCGCCAAACACUCGCCGCCGGACCUCCCACUCGAUUUCAGGGAGUUAGUUCGAGAAUCGCCAGCCACUCACUCACCAUUGGACCUCCUGCAGAUCGCGUCAUCUUAGUCACCGAGCUAGUCCUCGCUCCUUCCACUUGUGAGGGAGAAUGAACUUUUUUCUUAUGUUGAGUCCCCCUUCAAUUGAUAAGCUGCAUCCGUAGCCGUCUCUCUUGGUGGAACAGAAGAAGAAUCAAUCAAUCUUCUCUAGUCUCGAUUCUCGAAUCACAUUUGAGGCUGAAAAUAGGAUUUGAAUUUGGCAAGGAAAAAUGCUUAGAGCAACGCGUCUUCAAUCUCCAGCAGCAGCAACAGUCUCUGCUCUCAGACCUUCUCUCGUUCCGUUCCUAUCCUUCACUUCCCUCCAUUGUUGUUCUCACCUUGGUAAACUCGGUGCCUCUCCCCCUCCACUCUUAAACCCUUUGUGCAGAAGAACCCUUACUUCUCGACCUUCUCUUGCCUUCAAUCGGGCCCCUUUCUCCAUGCCUAUGGUGCCGGGUCAUCCACGCCCCAGAGCUUUAUCGAGUCCUGCAAGUGGCUCCGGAGUUGAAAGGGAAUUACUGGUACAACACUUGCUUGUCAAAGAAGGUGAUGCCAAUCUUCUGGUGGACAUUCAGCGGAGAAUUACAAGAGGAGAGGAUUUGGGCGACCUUGCCGUGGAGUACUCAAUUUGUCCUUCCAAACAAGAGGGGGGAUUGCUUGGAUGGGUAAAAAAGGGUCAAAUGGUCCCCGAAUUUGAGGAAGCUGCAUUUACUGCCCCUCUAAACAAAGUUGUGAGAUGUAAAACUCAAUUUGGAUGGCAUUUGCUGCAAGUUCUCUCUGAGAGAGAAGAAUGUGUGCUUCGUGAGAUUCAACCGAAGGACUUUCAUGUAAAAUUCCAAGAUCCAACGUUUCUUGAGGAGGUUCAGUUGAUUGAUGUCCGAGAACCUGAUGAAGUGGCCAAAGCAUCAUUGCCAAGUUUUGAAGUUUUUCCACUUCGUCAGUUUGGAACUUGGGGUCCUGAAAUAACAACCAAGCUUGAUCCGCAGAAGGACACAUAUGUUAUGGUGGGCACUUAGAGUCUGGUCUGCUUUGCAGUCAUGCAGACUGUUACUGAUGCCAUAACACUCCAAAUGUAACUUGAGUGCCAUCAUGGGAUGCGGUCAUUACAGGUAGCAAAAUGGCUGCAGAGUCAGGGAUUCCAGAGGGUGUUCAACUUGACGGGAGGAAUACAUGCAUAUGCAACUAUGGUUGACCCAACGGUUCCCACAUACUAAUAGUUUACUCCAGUACCCAUCAUCUGCCUAAUGUUCAUGGCCUCUUACCAAUUUGCGUAUCCUGUGACAAGUUAGGCAGCACUUGACAUAUUCAGCCAUUGAACUUUGCUUCCAAUAAACUGCUCUUUCAAGAUAGCCAAUUCACAUACUACGUCGCUUAAACAAGCUCCAAAAAAGGGAUUCAUGCAAGCCCUAAAAUGUCGUUACUCUCCUGAUGAGAAAUUGAGAUGACGUCACUGAUAAGUUACCAUA